AUGGCGACCAUUGACUCGCCCACUAUGCUGGACGGCCUCGUGCAGCAGCCGACACCACCAGACUUGGAAACCGCCGGCGCCAAACCCUGGGCUAGCGGUCGCGUUCUGAGCAAGGCACAGAGAGAUCGGAAGCGGGAGGUAGACCGUAUCAGCAAGGCAAAAAGGCGACGCGACAACACCGAGAGUCGCGACACCGUUGAACACCUGAAGAAGCAAGUCGAAGAGUUGACUCUGAAAGUCAAGACACUAGAGCACGAAGAAUGGCAACGACUUGAACGGACCGAGAUCAACACAAGGCAGCUUCAACAUGACUUUGCACCCCACGCAUACCACUUCCAUCAGCACUCUGUGCAUUCGACGUCUGCAUCGUUUGUCGCUGCGGCACCAGCCUCAUCGGGUUUCUUUCAUUCCACGCUCGACAAUUUACAGACCUUACCUUCAUUCACACCUGAGUCGACGGACUACGUUCAAGCGGCUGCUCAUGAGUCGUCGGCAAUAGAUGCGUCGCCUACGAUCCAACCACCACCACUACUACCUGGAGAAGUAGCUGCUACAUCUCCGCUCGCUGCGGGAAGCACGUCGGUGCCCUUGGUCAAGGAUAUGUUCAACAUGCUGGUGCACGAGGCUCGGUCGGCUGUGAAUUCAAGCACUCGUCACCUGGUUGUGACAGACACUGUGCUGACACAGGACGCUCUGAUAAGAGGCGUCUUACAUGGCUGGCCGUCGGUGCUUGACUUUUCCUCAGACAACAACUCAAACAGCCCGUCGAGCUUGCUCUGUUGUCCCAUCCUCCGGACUGUCUCGAAGCUAGAUGGAGUUAUAUUCUCCUUCUCGUCUGUAUCUACACGACUCAUCAGCCUGCGAGCUAUUCAUCUGAUGUUCCUAUACGUCACGUCUUGCAUCCCAAUAUCAGAGCUACCACCUUGGUAUCGACCACGUCCAACACAGCGGCGUUGGGAACAUGAUCCUGUCAUCGACUUGCUACCCUGGCCCGGCCUACGUGAGAGAGCCAUUAUCGAGACAGAUCUCAUCAAACAGAACCAUCUAUGGCGUUCGAUAGUAAGCCUGUUCAGCUUCAAUUGGCCAUAUGCCCAAGAACUGGCGGUGGUCCAACUCGGUCCAGAUGCAUCUAGUCCGACCACUGCCGUUGCUGCACACUCGCAAUCGCAAGCUAUCACAACAACGGGCGGCCUCAACAGCCGAUACAUUUUCUCCGAUGCCUACAAUGCCCAGAUGUGGGACAUCCGGAUGUGGAAUAUCUCGCUGGAGUUCUUCGAGUCCUUCCCACAACUUUACGAUGACAUCGUUCCCAAAGCAUACGUUGCGCCUCUCUAUCUGCGUCCGUCAGGCUCAGGCUCGUCGGCAGCUGGACUGACGGCCGCAAGUAUGUCUCCAUCAGCAGUCCGCCAGUGGCAUCAGCCGCCGCGUCAGCUCACGCAGGGGGGAUUCGUCCCGAACAAGAGGAAGAUGCAGCGGAAUUUGACAGUGGCAACAAUGCCGUCAUCGUACGGGCCAUCUCAGAGCCCUACGCCAACUUUGUCCGCGACUAAUACUGAGGGAAGUAGUGAUAACACGGAGGAAGAUCACGGCUAG